UUUAAAUUCAUAUUACCUUCAUGUUUGGAAAUAUGCCAAAGAGGAAUAAGUAAACACACGAAUAACGAUGAACAAUUUAUGGAAAAUUUCUAUUGUAUCUGUGAACUUUGGGUUGACAAUCGGUAAAUGUAGUGACGGACUUGAAGGCUGCAUGAGCACUAUUUACAGUGUGGGUGGAUUAGUCAUUGGAAUUUUGAUUUUCCUGGCAAUAUUAGCAGCAAUAUGUUUUGGAGUCUGCGCAGUGUGUGGAUGGUCAUUUGGAUGUUUGAAAACAACUGAAGCUCCACGACAAUUUCGGUCAGGAACAAAUCGUCUCGCUGUGACCGAAUCUUCAGACACAACACGACUGAAUUAUCCGCCUCCUCCUUACGCAGAUGCAAUGCGGGACUAUGGUUCUACUAAUCAACAUUCAGAUGCAUGUCGGGAUUGUUGUUCUAUUAAUCAACAUCCGGUUAAGCAAUCUACACCACCGCCAAGUUAUUCAUCCCUUCACCGGUUCCAGUCGGAAAAUCAUUGAAACAUCAUAAAGAAAUUUAUAAAAUGUCGUAAUACUGCCAGUUCUUGGGCAGAUAAUUGAUUGUGUGAUGUUUGAAGGGAGAUAACAUAAAUGUGUGUGUGGCUAGUACUCUAUAGUCAUUACUGAACAACUUGUAUUUCUUUGUAUCGCAAGUGUAUCGACAUACAUAUGCAUAAAACAAUGUUUUGUAUAUUGUAAUGCAUAUGCAUGAAAUAAUUGUACCGUCUGUUAAGUGGUUCUCCACUGUAUAUUGUUAUGAAUAUGCAUUUUAAUUCAAUUCAAUAUUUUAUUUAAGUCUAAUCUCUCAAUAAUAUAUAAUACAACGUUACAUUAAAUGUAAAAAUAUAUCUGAAAUAUAAAAAGAGAGCCAUUCUGUACAUAAUUACAAGAGACCAAAACAUUAAAAAUGCAUCUAUUAUAAAACAUAUUGACAUUAACAUUAUUCACAGUAUAAAACAUUUCUACGUCUACUUAAAAUAAGUUUACAGGCUUUGGCACAGCUACGAAUCAUAUUAUUAUCAAUAAAUAAAAACACU